CGGUAUAUGCAACUAUAAGGAUGCCGACUGCCGUAAAACACCAAAGAAGAAGAAGAACGACGACAUGGCCGACACAUAUCACCACCCUCCGUCAGACAACCAGCAGCCUCCUGUCUAUAAUAGCAGCUAUCUGGAGACACCAUACAGCGCUAACGGACAACCGCCGACACAGCCGGAUCCCACCGCCCAACGGUGGGCACCUUCACAGGGGUACGGUGGUCGCCCGUACGGAUUCAGGUGCGAUUUCCCCGCACCGUCUUCUGCAGGGGUGGCUUUCGGAGGGCCUUGCUUAGCCUAUCCGUAUGAAUAUGAUCCAUCUGUCCCCUGUCCACAACCCAGACACUUCCCUAACAUGGUGCCCACCGCUCCAGGAAACACACACAGCAGCUCAGCAUUUCAAACAUUCCCUCAGCAGUAUGGGCUGGAUUCCAGUCUGAAACAACAGCAUGGAUAUGAAGGUUUCUUCGAGAGUGGCGCUCCAUUUGGCUGCUCUCUGUUUCCUCCGCAGGACAAGGACCGAACACGAGCUGAGGAUAAAACAGCCGUUCAGGGGAAGCAGGAUCAACAGUGGCUCAGACGAUUCAUACAAAGCAGCGACAAAACCUCUAGGAUCCCACAAAGCAAACAGCAGCAGCAGCAGCCCUGCUGUGUUCCUGAGCUGAGACAGGUUCUCUACACGGCAGCUCUGCUCGUCUCACAGCUGGCAAAGUCCUGUGAAACUCUGAGGAACAACGUCGAGAAUGACUCUGUGUGGAUGGACUCUUAUUUAAUGGCUUUAAACGUGAAGAGGCAACUACAGGACAAGCUCCUCAAUGACAGUUGUUUAGAUAGCUGGAAAGGUAAAUUGUCUUCUGUUGCUAGGAGGAGGUCCCAGCGACUGAGAGCCAGGAAAUCACUGCAGAUGGAGGAGAAAGAGAAAGAGGAGUGCAUCUCUGCGAGAGAGGCUGACAUAGAUACAUGGAGGAUGAAGCAGAUACGCCAUGUAGAGGAGAAGAAAAAGGAGCAGGAGCUGAAGCUGGCUGCAGACGCUGUUCUCUGUGAGGUGAGGAAGAAGCAGGCAGACGUGAAGAGGAUGCAGGAUGUCAUGAGAUCUUUGGAGAAACUGCGCAGACUGAGGAAAGAGGCAGCUUCGAGAAAAGGUAUCAUCACUGAGCAAGAAUGUGAAGAGUCUUUCAGCAGCCAGCUGCAGCAGCUGAGGGGUGUGUUGAUGAAGAGGACAGCAGUUUACUCAGCAGAGGAGAAAGCUCUGAUGGUGAUGCUGGAAGGAGAACAGGAGGAGGAGAAGAGGAGAGAGAGGGAGAAACAAGUCAAGAAGGAGAGAGAGAGACAGCUGCACAGGAAGCACACAGUGGACGUCAUGUUGUUUGGAGAUAAAUCUUCAGUUGAUUCUGUUCUGCAGCCCUUCAGAGAAUAUUACACCCAGGCUGAACGCUCACUGCACUCUUUACUACAAAUCAGGCGAGAGUGGGAUGUGUUUGUGGUGGCCUCAGAUCAUCCUGAUGGUUCUCCUGUUCCUCAGAGCUGGAUCCUGCCAGAACCCCCGUCAGUUCCUGCCUGGGCUUCUGCUCUGCACACCGCUGACACUAAGACAGAUACUGCCCAUGUCAAGUAGUGCCUGAUGUCCAACACUCUGUACUAUAAAAUUUUAUAUACUAUAAAUGCAAACAAAUCAGAAGGUGAACGUGUUAGCCUAUAAGAUGACAUAUUGGUAAUUUUAAUGUCACAUCUAAUAAAUGAUGACCAUGGUAAGAAAGAACAAGAUAGCUGUGUUUUUUUAUGUUUGAGUUUUUCUAAUUUUUUCUAAUACUCUGUUCUGUACAAAAUAAAGAAAUCCAUUUUAUUUU